CGAACCCGGGGAGCGGCGUGGCGGCUGGAGCCGCUGGCUGCCCGGCCCCUCAACCGAGGGAGCGCCUCGCCAGGUCAGGAGCGCGCUAGACCGGCCCCCGCAGCGCACCUGCGCCCGCUCUGAAUUCAACCUAGUCCCGCCGACGGCUAAGCUCAGAGUCCACGGAACUUCCCAGCCCGGCGUCAGCGACGAGGAGCGACCUGUAAAACAAUACGCAGGGCUGUGCUUGCUUGCUUGCUUUUAGCAGAUGCCUACUACUUGUGCUAGGCAGCAGCGGGCAAAGAUGAGUCUAUGGAAACGGUUGCCAGGGCCGGCGACCAGCGGCUUCCGGAAGUCCUUUGGCGCUUUGGUAACAAUGGGGCGGCUUGACCAAUACGGAGCUCCUUCCGGUUUUGUUCGCGCUCGCGGAGUUCUUCUUUACCAAGUUUGCCUUUGACCCCGGAAGUGAGGUUUUCAGCGUUCCUCCCUCCAAGAUGGCUACAGCUGAAGACCAGUUAUUGCUGCCGCGGCUCCCCGAACUGUUCGAAACCAGCAAGCAGCUUCUAGACGAAGUGGAAGUAGCGACUGAACCCACCGGUUCCCGAAUGAUCCAGGAGAAGGUGUUCAAGGGACUCGACCUCCUUAAGAAGGCUGCCGAAAUGUUAUCGCAGCUCGACUUGUUCAGCCGAAAUGAAGAUUUGGAAGAGAUUGCCUCCACCGACCUCAAGUACCUGAUGGUGCCAGCAUUUCAAGGAGUGCUGACCAUGAAACAAGUCAACCCCAGCAAGCGUCUAGAUCAUUUGCAGUGGGCUCGAGAACAUUUUUUAAACUACUUAACUCAGUGCCAGUGCUAUCAGGUGGCAGAGUUUGAGCUGCCCAACGCCAAGAACAACUCAACUGAUAACACUGCUAGUUCCUCCAUGGCCUAUCCUAACCUCGUUGCUAUGGCGUCUCAAAGACAGGCUAAAAUAGAGAGAUACAGGCAGAAGAAGGAGCUGGAGCAUAGGUUGUCUGCACUGAAAUCAGCUGUGGAAGGUGGCCAAGCAGAUGACGAGUGUGUUCGUGAAUAUUACCUCCUUCACCUUCGAAGAUGGAUUGGUAUCAGCUUAGAAGAGAUUGAGAGCAUCGACCAGGAGAUAAAGAUCCUGAGAGAAAAAGACUCCAUAACAGAGGCAUCAACUUCUCAUUCACCUCGUCAGGACAGACCUCCAAUGAAACCCUUCGUUCUCACUCGGAAUGUGGCCCAAGCCAAAGUAUUCGGAGCUGGUUACCCAAGUCUGGCCUCUAUGACGGUGAAUGACUGGUAUGAUCAGCAUCGGAAAUAUGGAGCAUUACCAGAUCAAGGCAUAGCCAAGACACCAACAGAUGUCCUGGCGUUAAAAACAGACUGAGCAGCUAGGGAGCAAAAGCGAAAGUCCCAUGGAUGGCGGUUCCACCUCUGCUAAUGGCAGAAUAGAUUGUUUCGAGGCCAGUCCCUCCCACAGAUAAAAAUUACAGACUGAAGAAAUUAAGACAACUACCCAAAGGACCUAGAGAACGAGUAAGAGCAGACACAGGCUGGAGGGCAGUCAACACGUAGAAGAAGGGAAUGGUUGAAAUUUCUUGAGGGCAGGGUCUUUGACUUAACUGUAUUCUUGGUGCCCAACUUGGGAAUUAGAUCAUGGUAUAUACUUGGAGGCAUCUUUGGAAGGGAAAGGUGGAGAGGUUGGCCAUUAUAAAGAUGGAAGCAAUAUGGUAUAUUAGAAAAAGCGUGGACAGACCUGGGGUAACCAGUUAUUCCUGCCACUUAAUAGAUAGGACAUCAUCUAGCCCCUCUGAGCCUCUGUUUCCUUAUCUUGUGUAUUAUCUCAUUUGAUCUUCUUAACAACCCUGUGAAGCAAACAUUUCUAUCCCCAUAGUAGGAUGAGGAAAUGGUGUCUGAGAGCUGGCCUACACAAAGUCAGUGUGGCUAGAAAGUGACCAGGCUAGGAUUUGAAUUCAGGUCUUAAAAUUCCCAAUUCCAGGGCUAUUUCCACUAUAGCACAGAGAAGAGAAAAGUGGUCACUUGGAAGGGUUUCUUGUUUCUUACAGCUUCUCACCUGUUGGCAGUCUGCAGUUGUGGUGAUAGGUGGGGGUAGGUGAAAGGUGGAUAGAAACGUACAGUCUUAGGUUAAGAAAUGAGAGAAAUGAGACGAGAUCCCAUAAAGGAGAGAACCACAGAGGAGGAGCCCUGAUUCUCUAUAUACACCUCGCCUAAAUCUCAGGCUGACACCUAAGCUGUGCAUGCCCAGGAUAGUCUCCAAGUGUCCUAGAUAGGGCUAAAAUAACUGAAUGGAGGAUGCAGCUGCUGCCCAAUGCAAAGGAAAGAGAAUUUAGAAUUGUGGUUCUAGACAAACGAACUGCCUGCUAGAAUGAAAAAUUAUAGUCUUUAGAGGAAUGAAACAGAAUUCAGAGUCUCAACAACCUACCAUUCAUGAAGUCUGGGAUUUAAUCCUAAGCCACUAUACAUACGGGGGAAAGAAAAAUAGGAAAAUGUGACUUAUGCUCAAGAGGAAAAGCAGUCAGUGGAGACCAACCCUAGAUGACGCUGAUGUUGAAAUUUCAGACAAGGACUUUAAAGCAGCUUAUUUGCAUGCUCAAGGGCAGAGGGGAAAAUAUGUUUGUAAUGAAUGAAAAGAAAUCUCAGCAGGUGAUGUCUAAUAUAAUUUUAUAUUUACAAACAUACCUGCUUCCCAGAGGCAAGUAUUAUUUUAGUCCAUGUGGACUGUUGACCCCUCUUGAGAUUAUAACAUACACAUUCCUAAAUCAUUGUGGGUAGACUUUCAAGUAUCUUAACUUGUUUCUGGACAUGUAAUGUGUUUAUAACCCUCUUAAUUUUUAGCAACAAUUAGAAAAUAUCUCCUAUUAAAAACACUUCACAGAUUCUCCUUAGUGUCAGCCAUUACUAGCAUUCUGUCACUAGAGAAUCCAGCGAUGUAUGAUGCAAGCUUUCAAGAUAGCCUGAACAUUAAAAAGUUGGCCCACUAAUUGUAUCUGAUGGAUGUAAAUCUGCUUCCUAGUUCAGUUUGAGUCAAGAGCUAAAACUGUGAUGUACCUAACUUUGUCUUAUUGGUGGGUAAUCAUUGAAAAUAAAGAUUUUAUUUUCAUGCUUAAAAAAAGAAACUAGGAAAAAGAAAUAGCAGCAAAGUAGAAACUAUUCACAAAAAAAAAAAAUCCGAAACUGAAAAAUACAGUAUCUUCAGUUUGGAAACCCAUUAGAUGAGCUUAAUAGCAAAUUGACAGUAACGGAAGAAAGUGUCAUUUAACUCGAAGAUAGAUCAGUACCACUGAGUCUGAAAAAAAAAACUGGAAAAAAGUGAACAGAGCUUCUGUGACCUGUGGAAUAAGGUAAGAAGUUCUAUCAUAUGUACAAUUGAAAUACCAGUAGGAAAGGAGAGAGAGAGAGAGAAGGGGCCAGGAAAAAAAAUUGAAGAAAUGAUGGCUGAAAUGUUGCCUAAAUCAGUGAAACACAAAUUUACAGAUUCAGAAAUCUAAUCAAGCCUCAAGCAAGUUAAAUACAAAGAAAACCACACACAGGCACAUUAUAGUCAAACUGCUGAAAACCAAAGAAAAAGAGAAAAUCUUGAAAGCAGCCAGGGAUAAAGGACACAUUACAUUUAGAAGAACAAUGAUAUGAGUUGUUUCUGACUACCCAUUAGAAACAGCGGAAGCCAGAGACAGUGGAACAACAUCUAGUAAGUGUUGGGGGAGGCGGGAAGACCUGUCACCCCAGACUUUUAGACCCAGUGAAAAUAUCCAUCAAAAGGAAGGUGUAAUUAAGACAUUUUCAGAUAAAGCUGAAGGAAUUCUUCACCAGGAAACUGGCAUUAUGAGAAAUUCUGAAGGAAGUUUCUUAGGCUGAAGGGAACGAACUACAUAUGGCUUCUUCAGGCAAAAAUUAUAAUAUCGUCCAGGGGGGAUUCUACUGUAUGUAGAUGUAACAUACCUGACAGCCACAGCAAAAAUGACAGACUGGGUGGAACCAUUUUCUGUGAGAUUCUUUUGUUUUAUGUAAAGUAGUACGGAGUAUCUAUUGCUGUGUAACAAAUUACUCUACAAUGUCACAACUUUAAAUAAUAAACAUUUAUUGUCACAUAUUUUCUGAGGGUGAGGAAUCCAGGAUCAAUUUCACUGGGUGAUUUUGGCUUAGGAUCUCUUAAGGUUGUAAUCAGGCUGUCAGCUGGGGCAGCAGUCUUCUGAGAGCUUGACUGAGCCUGGAGGAUCUGCUUCCAGCUCAUUGGCUAUUGGCAGGAGGCCUCCCCUUGUGGGUCCCUCCAUGGGGUCGCUCACAGCUAGGAGCUUCCUUUCACCCACAGUGAAAGAUCUGAGUGAGAAUGAUCAGGAUAGAAGCCCCAGUGUCUUUUAUAACCUAACAUUGGAAGUGAUGUACCAUAACUUCUGCCAUAUUCAGUUGGUCACAUAGUGUGGGAAGGGACUCCGUAAAAGCAUGACUACCAGGAGGCCGAGAUAGUUGGGGUCCAUCUUUGAGGCUGCCUCCCACAUAGUUCAGUAUUAACUCUAAGUAGACUGGAAAGUUAGGAAGGAAUAUUGUAUUACUUAGAGCAACCACUUAAAAAUAAUGCAUCAAGGGGUGCCUGGGUGGCUCAGUCGAUUUAGCAUCCAACUCUUGAUUUCAGCUCAGGUCAUGAUUUCAGGAUCAUGAGAUCGAGGCCUGUGUAGGGCUCACGCCCUCUGCUUGGGACACUCCCUCUGCCCCUCCCCCUGCUCACACCCCUCCCCCAAAUUAAAAUAAAAUAAAAUAAAUAAAUAAAAUCUUUAAAAAAAA